AUGGUCCAACUGUCGCUCAUUGAGGAGGUGAAGGAUAAGGUGUCACGCUUUAUUCCGAACCCUUUCGUCGACAUUGUCGAGGAGUGCACCGCCCCGCAACUCCUUAUUCCCACCUACGAGCACGUCAAGUUUCUCUGUGAGCAGGUGAACAAGAAAUCCGAGUCGACCGUUGACAUUGUGCGAGCAAUCCGGCGCCGUAUCGCGGACUCUCAUAUCGCCGUCAAGCACCUGACGAUCCAGCUGCUGGAGUCGAUGAUCAAGAGCUGCUCAACAUGGUUUCAUAUCGAAGUGGCGACGCAGAAGGGUCUUCUGCGCGAUCUGGUCGCUGUCGCAUGCGUACAGCCGUCGACCGGCCGCGCGAUGCAAGCGAAAGAGUCAGCGCUCUUGCUGACGCUCAACCUCAGCAUCUGGUUUCGCGGCCACCCCGCCGAGGAGUGCUACAUCCUCACAACGCUCGCCGACGACGUCCGCAACGAGAUGGGGCCAAAUUGCUUCGAGGGCCUCGAACCAGAACGCAACACACGCAUGAAGGUGGAGGUUCACGCCCCCAACCGCAAUCGACAACAGCCGGGUCAGCGUUCGGAUGCUGGCCCCAACUACCAAGGGCCACGCUCGCACGGUCAUCGCCGCGACAAGCGCCGUAUCGUCGACGCCAUUGCAAUCAACCUCCCCACCUCUGAGCGUUUGUCGGCGAUGCUGGAAACGUGCAUGACCUUUUCUGAUUACGUGAACAACGCCGAGACAAAUCCCAAUGUAUGUUUGCGUGAUGACGAGGUUGUGCUGAGCUACUUGUCGCAGCUGCGCGACGACCACAUCUACGUCACGAUUCUGCUGUCCUCGAACCUGCAGCUGGACCGCGACUUACUCCGGACCGUCUCUGACAGUCAGUCGGCCGUGCUGGCGAAGGUUGAGAAGUCGAUGGCACGGCCGCGCACUGACGCCGCGCCCGAAGGGUCAUCAGCGUUGCCGCCAGCACUGCAGCAAGCCCUAAUGCGUUCCGCUGUUGACACGGAGCAGAGCGGCGGCGACGUCUCUGCUUUUCAGGAGACGGGGAUGCAACAACGCCCGUCACCACCGCGCGCUGAGGUGCCGAGCCGGAACGUGGGCAUGACGAGAACCUCUCCGGCGCCGAUGUCUACUCCGCCCCUCGCCGCUGCGCCAGCGAUAGAGGACUUGUUCGGGAACGGGCAGUCUGCGCCACAGGCUACGUCUUCAAUGCCCAAGUCACUCUCGCCAACAAUGGAGGCGCCGGGGUCGGCGCCAGCAUCAUCUCCUCCGGUGGCGUCGCCUGAGGAGACUGCCAACGCCGCGGAGCCUGCUGUGGGCGACUUCGCGACAACCGCACUCACUAGUUCCAAUGCGGCGGCGCUGCCACCCAUGCGUGCAGAGACAAGUGAAGCGGCUGGGGCGGAGGAGGUGCCUGCGCCGCUCCAGCAUGCAGCAUCCGAGUCCACCUCGGCAGCGGCUACUGCAGCGGCUCCCACCCCACCGGCCGCGGACUUACCAAAGGACGUGGAUGACUUCGAUACCUUCCUUGAAGGUCACGGGGUCAGCUAA